CUGUGUUUCUCUUCCUCGCAUAGAAAAACGCGACAGAGCGCCCCCUUUUGUUCCUAUACUAGAUCCUUCUCUCUCUCUCUCUCUCUCUCUCUCUCUCUCUACGAACAUCCCCGAAACCCUAAGAUCAAUCAGCCAGCCAGCCAGACACACCGACAGACAGCUUUCCACGAUGAUGCUGGCGACAAUGCUGAAAGUGCUGGGUCUUCCAGAGGAUUUCUUCAUAUGGCCGCUGUUGCUGGUCUCGGUUAUUCUUUUCGGGGCAUUUUGCCUUUUGAAGCCCGCUGCUGCUCGUGCUCGUCUGCGUCUGGAUGUGCCCACUGUUACCCUUGGCUGGUUUGUUCCUGAAUUCGUCAAUCGUCUGCUUUACUCUGUUUUUGCGCCGUUUCUCAUUUAUCGUGGCUAUGAGAAGAGCGUUCUGGGCGAUUACACCAACAUCCUGAACCACAGUCACUUGCCGGCAACUACUGUUGCGAAGAAGCUCACCCCUGCUAUGCAGUCGCCAGACCGCAUUGUACCCAAGAUCAUCGACGAACUCCAGUAUGCAUUCCCCAUCGAAGUCCCGGAGUGUAAAGGCCGCUGGGUCCCCGUCACGUUGUACGACAUGAUCCUCAAACUCAUCAACCGGGCGACCUCGCGCGUGAUUGUCGGCGACGAGCUCUGCCGCAGCGAGCAAUGGCUCGGAACCGUCACCAGCUACACGCACAACCUCGGCAUCACGCUGAUCCUCCUUCGUCCCGUUCCGACCUUCCUGCGUCCGCUGGUUGCCAAGUUCCUCCCCAGCGUGCGGUACCUCGAGAGAACGCUGAAAUGGGUGAAAGACGACGUGUUCGUGCCGAUGAUCGUGGCGCGCAGAGCCGCGCAGAAAGACAACCCGGAGGCCCCGAAACCCGACGACUUCAUGCAGUGGAUGAUGGAGCUCGCGGACAACCCGUUUGACGAGGACCCCCGCAACAUCGCGCAGGGGUUGAUGGUGAUUAUGGCUCUGGCUGUGCUGCACACGAGCAGCAUGCUGAUCACGCACGCGCUUUACGAUCUGAUGCUGCACCCGGAGUAUCUCGAGCCGCUGAGAGCGGAAAUCCAGACCACGCUCCCGGAUGGCUGGAUCAACGGGACGCAGGCAGCUUUUGCAACGCAGCGCUAUCUUGACAGUUUCCUGCGGGAGUCGCAGCGUCUGAAUCCGACUAGUGAAAUCAACAUCCAACGCAUCGCAAAAGAACCCCUGGUCUUCUCCGACGGCCUCAUCAUCCCCCAAGGCACGCACAUCUGUUUCCCCACCGGCCCGCUCUCCCGCGACGGCGCGCUCCUCUCGAACCCAGACACCUUCGACGGCUUCCGCUGGUGCAGAGAGAACCUCACCAGGACCAGCAAAACCGCAGCGAGCCUCGUGACGAUUAACCAGUCCAACUUGCAUUUCGGAUACGGGCGCCAGGCUUGUCCGGGUCGGUUCAUGGGCGCGAAUACGGCCAAGGCGCUGCUGAGCCGGCUGCUGCUGGAGUAUGAGAUGAAGUUCGAGGAGGGGAGGGGGGGAAGGAAGCGGCCGAGGAAUAUUGUUAAUGGGGAGCAGAUUAUGCCGAAUUUGUGGGCGAGGGUUUUGAUUAAGAAGAGGGAGGAGGAGGAGGAGGAGGAGUAGUUUUCUUCUCCUUCUCCUUCUUCUUCAUCUUUGUCUGUGUUUUCAGAUGUCAGGUUGUCGGAUUGUCAGAUUGUCAGAUUGUGAGGAACAAGUCGGUGCUUCAUUCCAGGGUGAUGCGGCUCGUCAGUAGGGCUACUUCGUGUUGUUGCUCAUUGCUGAAGAAGAUGCUCAGGAUCAGUUUAAGCCUGUAUGAGUGAAGUCCAGGGCACAGCAAGCAAUUUUUGAGAUUGUAUUAUGUAGUUUUCAUAGAUCAAUGUACAGUUGCUUAGUCUGGAC